UUUUUUCCGGUUUGCGGAGACACCGUAAGUUCUGUUCUCGUGUAAUGGUUAAAAUAAUCUACGAACAUCGGCAUUUUCUGAAGUAAUAAGACUGCGCAUUAAUUACCUCGGAAAUCGUAAUAUUAUUGAAACCAAGAUGGUGAAGAUUAUGAAAGUAGGGAAGGUGGUACUGGUCCUUAGUGGCCGGUACGCUGGACGCAAAGCUAUAGUAAUGCGAAAUUUUGACGAUGGUACGUCAGAUAAACAAUACGGCCAUGCCUGGGUUGCUGGCAUCGAUCGAUACCCUCGCAAGGUACACAAGCGUAUGGGCAAAGGAAAACUACAUAAACGUUCCAAGAUAAAGCCCUUCGUGAAGAUGUUGAAUUAUAACCACUUGAUGCCGACACGGUACACCGUGGAUCUAGCAUUGGAUAAGGCACAAAUCAAGGACCUGAAGGACCCCAUGAAACGCAAGAAGGUCCGAUUCCAGACCCGUGUAAAGUUUGAGGAGAGGUACAAAUCCGGCAAGAACAAGUGGUUUUUCCAGAAAUUGCGAUUCUAAAUGCUUUUAUAUCGGGGUCAAUAAAAACGUGUAAAAAU